AUGCGUAUGCCAGAUGAAGAAACACCCCACAACCCGUUUGGUCAUGUUCUCGGUGAAGAACAAGACACGGACAGAGCGGCUCGGCAAAUCGUCUUCAGUAGACCAGGUCGCCUUCCACGCUUACCUGUCAGCGCAUCCCUCCAUGACGUGAUCCCCUUCAACCGGACCAUGCUUAACGCGGGAAAUGCCUUCGACCCAAGCACGCAUGUAUUUACGUGUCCAUUUAACGGCAUUUACGUCUUCCAGUCGGCACUCACGUCGGAAGCACACAACAUGAUUCAGACGGAGAUCGUCAUCGACGGCGCCGACGAAGUAACGAUAAACGCCGAGGUUGUUUUUGAUAAAAUGGCCGAGGAGGCCAAACCAAACAAAGCUAUUAUCAGGGCUGCCAAGCCAAACAAAGCUAUUCUCGGGGCUGCCAAGCCAAACAAAGCUAUUCUCAAGGCUGCCAUGCCAAAAAAUGCUAUUCUCAGGGCUGCCAAGCCAAACAAAGCUAAUAUCAGGGCUGCCAAGCCAAACAAAGCUAUUAUCAGGGCUGCCAAGCCAAACAAAGCUAUUAUCAGGGCUUCCAAACCAAACAAAGCUAUUAUCAGGGCUGCCAAGCCAAACAAAGCUAUACUCAGGGCUGCCAAGCCAAACAAAGCUAUUAUCAGGGCUGCCAAGCCAAACAAAGCUAUUAUCAGGGCUGCCAAGCCAAACAAAGCUAUUAUCAGGGCUGCCAAGCCAAACAAAGCUAAUAUCAGGGCUGCCAAGCCAAACAAAGCUAAUAUCAGGGCUGCCAAGCCAAACAAAGCUAAUAUCAGGGCUGCCAAGCCAAACAAAGCUAAUAUCAGGGCUGCCAAGCCAAACAAAGCUAAUAUCAGGGCUGCCAAGCCAAACAAAGCUAUUAUUCUUAGGGCUGCCAAGCCAAACAAAGCUAUUAUCAGGGCUGCCAAGCCAAACAAAGCUAAUAUCAGGGCUGCCAAGCCAAACAAAGCUAUUAUUCUUAGGGCUGCCAAGCCAAACAAAGCUAUUAUCAGGGCUGCCAAGCCAAACAAAGCUAUUAUCAGGGCUGCCAAACCAAACAAAGCUAUUAUCAGGGCUGCCAAGCCAAACAAAGCUAUACUCAGGGCUGCCAAGCCAAACAAAGCUUUUCCCAGAGCUGCCAGGCCAAACAAAGUUAUUAUCAGGGCUGCCAAGCCAAACAUUGCUAUUAUCAGGGCUGCCAAGCCAAACAUUGCUAUUAUCAGGGCUGCCAAGCCAAACAUUGCUAUUAUCAGGACUGCGAAGCCAAACAUUGCUAUUAUCAGGACUGCGAAGCCAAACAUUGCUAUUAUCAGGGCUGCCAAGCCAAACAUUGCUAUUAUCAGGGCUGCGAAGCCAAACAUUGCUAUUAUCAGGGCUGCGAAGCCAAACAUUGCUAUUAUCAGGGCUGCCAAGCCAAACACUGCAAUUAUCAGGACUGCGAAGCCAAACAAAACUAUUGUCACGACUGCCUAG